CUCCUGAGUGCACGUGUCAACCCUGCCAGCAAACCGGACUGAACGUCACAUUCCUGCAUUCCCUUUUUCCUCAGUCUGGGACGUCGGAGUUAGCUUCCAGUAGAUAGUUAAUCCUCUUCCCCGGUUGUCUUUUUGAGAAACGCACCCAUGACACGGCGGAUUUGAUCUCAGGAGGUGAUCCCGGGUUCCCAGUCUCACUUCGGGUCACUUUCCUCCCUCCCUUCCCCUCCGCCUCCCCCUUCCACCCAUAUCUGCGCCGGUUGCUAUGGAGAACUCUUCGGUGGCGUCCGCAUCGUCUGAAGCAGGCAGCACACGCUCCCAGGAGAUAGAAGAGCUGGAGCGCUUCAUCGACAGCUACGUGCUGGAGUACCAGGUGCAGGGGCUUCUGGGAGACAAGGCAGAUGGGGACUUGGAAUUGGACAAUGGUAGCAAGGUGCCGCAGUGGACGGAUGACUGCAACAACAAGAAAGAUGGCAGCUGGACAUCUUCACGGGGGAGAGGCUCAUUCAAGCCAGAUGAGUGGGAACACAGCAGUAACGGCAGUACAGGUUCCAGGCCCAGCUCGGGGUCUAGACCAGGAUCUGGCUCACGCUCUGGCAGCAGAGGCAGAAACAACCAGUUCAAAGGCCCUGCCAAGAAUGGGAACAGAGAUGGCUCCUUUGACAUCCUGGGAACAGACAUAUGGGCUGCCAACACAAUGGACUCACACGGAGGUGCAGGUUGGGACGUGCAGCCAGAGAAGCUGGACUUCAGCCACUUCCACAGGAAACACCUAAGAGGAAUGCCAAAACACCUGCCCCACAUCGACAGAGAGGGCAUGAGCAAAAACAAGUUUGAGGAAGAUGACGGCAUAGACAUGAACGACAUAGAGAGGUUCCUACCCCAUCUGCGCUCUGUCUUCCCACCCCUUCCUAACGAAGCUGAGAUCGCACACACCAAAAAGCUCUUCCGACGCAGGAGGAAUGACCGACGAGUGGUUGAUCAGUUCACCCGAGACCAGUUAACCGUACUUCUGCCUACUGGCCCUGGGGGAAAGCGACAAGUCUCAGCCAGGAAACAGCAGCGGCCUCAGGGAGGAGGAGGUGGUGUUGGAGGGAAGAACCAACCUCAGAUGAUACAACAACAGUCACCACAACGCCAGAGGGAUCAAAGCCAACAACAGUCUCCAAACCAACAGCAUCAAAGUUUAACAGAACUAGGAGAUAACAGAAACAGUAGUGCCGGUCAGCCGCCUCGUCAGUAUCAAGGAGGACAUGGGCAGCGCCAAGGAGGACCACAACACCACGGAUACAGCCAGAACCGGCGUUGGCACCACAAUCAGAAAGGUCAGGGGCAUGGACAGACAAACGCUACAGGUGAUAAAGGAAUGCCCCCAAGAACAACCAAAGACAGAGAGACUGAGAAUGUAAAACCAGGCAAUGACCACAUCAGACCACCUCAUGACUUCGGCAGCAAGAUUCCCAACGAAUCACCCCGGCCCGAGUCAAUAUCCAACACGAAUGCUUUCCCAGAUCUGACAGUCAAGGAAUCUGUCAACACACCAGGAAGUGGAAAGGCAAGCGAGGGCCAGUCGGAGCAGCCCAAAAUCAGCUUGCUGCAGUCGUCAAAGGAGAGGCUGAGGAGGAGACUAAAGGACAAGGAGGAGGCACGAGUGGCGGCGUCAGGCUCCGGAUCACAGAGCAUGGACCGACUGGUGGACCUUCUGAACAGCAUGAGAAGCAACAGCAGCGGGGUGGAGCAGCAGCUGGCCUCUUUCAUGGAGGAGGCUCAGAGUUCGGCGCGGUCCGAGGAGACCCUGGCUCAGGUGGUCAGCACGAUCUACUCCAAAGCCGUGUCAGACAGAAGCUUCGCCGCCACAGCCGCCAAGCUCUGCGACAAGAUGGCGCUGUUCAUGGUGGAGGGGACCAAAUUCAGAUCGCUGCUCCUCAACAUGCUGCAGAGGGACUUCUCCCGUCGAGAGGAGCACCAGCAGUCAGAUGUAGAGAGGUGGUUAGGUUUCAUCACCUUCUUAUGCGAGGUGUUUGGUACCAUGAGGAGCAGCUCUGGGGAGCCGUUUAGAGUGCUGGUGUGUCCCAUCUACACCUGCCUACGAGAGCUGUUGGAGUCCACGGACAUUAAAGAAGAUGCAGUCCUCUGCUGUUCCAUGGAGUUGCAGAGCAUGGGGCGUCUCCUUGAAGAGCAGCUCCCAGAGAUGAUGAUCGAGCUCCUAGCAGCCGUCAGAGACAAGAUGCUUUGCCCGGCCGAAUCUCCACUGACCCGCUCCCUCCUCAUGGAGGUCAUCGAGCUGCAUGCACACCGCUGGAGCCCCCUGGAGGCUCUCACCACCCAAUACUACAACCGUACCAUCCAAAAGCUCACCACUACUGCCUAGGUGCCAGCUGCACCAGGAGGAGAGGAGACAACCCCCACCCACCCAACCCCGACGCCCAGUGGAAACUCUAAUCAGUUGAGCAUCAAUCCGCUCUCCUAGUUUUACCAAAACACAGGAAUUUCUCUUACGUAAAUAAACACAUGCUUUACAUGGUUGUUUAACUGUAUAUUUCCGUAAUUUCUGCACGAUAGGCGACCACUGCCACAAACAAACCACACACUAUCCACAGGUAUCCUCGAGCCAUCAAGGCAACACUACAUGUGGCGUUCAAACAAUGAAAAGCAUAUUUGACACACAUUUUGAGAAAAUGGUAGCGUAUAGACGGCCAGCAGGGGCGUGCUCGGCCUCACAGAGUGCGGGCGGCUCGCCUGGCUGUGGCUGCUGAGGGGAUAAAGGAGGGAACAGACGAGAGGGGUCACAUAGGGGAGAGGAGGAGAGGGCAGCAGCCUGUCCGUAGGGAAUAUAGAGAUCCGUACCAAAAGAUGAAUGGAGAGGGGGGCGGAGAGUCAGGGUAGUCCGUGUCAGUCUCUUCAUUGUGUUCAUUUUGCCCACCACCCCCUGCUCUCUGUCUCCUUUCUCCUCCCCCUCUCUCUGUCUCUCCGUCAGCCCCUGGGGUCUGUGUGGCUGAUAAAAGAGAGAGAAGGAGGAGGCGGCACGGAGCAGACACGAUGCUGUCUGUCUGGGCCGUCUGCCCUGCCGGGCCAGGGACCAGGUCAAAGGGCCUCGCUGUGGAGCUCCCCAGCUCCCACAGCUCCUCCCUGCCUUUGUCUCCCCAGCUCCCCACCACCACACAACCCCCAGCAGGAAGCCUUUUUGUGGGGAUGAGACAGCGGGCCUGCUGGGCCAGGCUGGACUGAGGAUAAGGAUCAGGCUGGCUAGAGUAGGGGUGGCAGAUGGCUGCUUGAGCCCAUGUGAGACGACACACUCCUAACACACCCCUCUGGCACCCCGGCUCCCUGCUCCCCGAGCUCGGGCCGGAGUCACAACAGAAGCAGUGGAAAUACUGCAGCUGUGAGGGGGGGGCAGCAUUAGAAAAGCAUUCAAACUGAACCUGCUGUCUGAUAAUUCUUUUGUUUUUGUCCUACAGGGGAAUGUCUCUUCUCCUCUGUUAAGCCGUGCAUGUCCAUGCUUUGUUAACCACAUUGUUGAUAUAUUAUUUUUGUAAUCAUUUAGUGUUUUUAUUGCUGUCGUUUCAUUUUGAAGUCUCGUUUUUAUGAUAAAAUGUAUGUAUGAGGUAUUAGUAAUAGGCCUUAUUGCACAGGUUUGAUUUGUUUUGCACUGUUUUGAGGCGAUUUGCUUUCAAAUUUGAAAAAGAAAAAAAAGAAAAAGCAAAAAAGUUUGAAUUUGGAUCAGUGCUUGAGGAUUAAUAUUUAAAAAAAAGAAAUCCCAGUAGUGAGAGAAAUGGGUUGAGCAUAGUGAGGAACUUUAGGAUGUUUUAAUGGACUGGUGGCCUUGUCAAUUAUCCAUUUUUAUAGGAGCUCUCUUGUUUUGAGGGCCUGAGGGCAAACUGAGGACUGAACAGUUGGACUCAUUCAUAUCUUUCUUUUACUGAAGAAGAAAGAAAAAAAAACACACACACAUCUGAAGAGGAAAAACACGAUGUGACAACAACAAAAAAAAAAAAGCAUGGCACACUGAGAAACCGAAGUGAAGUGCUUCUUUAAAAAAGUUCUCCUACUCAAGCCAUUCUUUGCAGUGGACAUUUUGCAAGUGUUUAGUAUCGACUGUAUUUGAUCUUGCUUUUGUUUUUUGAGGAAGAAAAAAAAAAAGACAACUAUUAACCUGUGUAUUUGAAGAUGACAAUGAUGAAAAGAAGAAAUCUUAUCUUGUAUGACCUCAUUAGCUAGUCAUGUGACCCUUAUUCCAGCUAACGUGUGAACUAUGAUAUUGACGUACCAAGCCAAUCAUGUACCAUUUGUAAAUGGGCUCUCUCUCUCUAUAUAUAUAUAAUCUGCAUUCAGUAUAUUUACAAGUAUUUAAAAGAAAAACAUUGAAAUAGGAGGGGGGGUGAUAGUGCAACAGAGAUGUUAGACACAGGACAAACUGUGCUUGUGUGGCUUGAUGUUGGCCUUCCCAUGCAUUUCUGUCAGGAACUAGCUCAUUGUUUGGGAGUCGUCACACACGCGAACGCGCAUACAUGCACGUAUGCGUACGCAUACUUAGUUCCCAUUGAAACUCCGUUGGCAGUUUUAAGUGUUUUUAUAUUAUUUUCUCUGUCUUGCAUCAAGAAAAAAGAUCCUGUGUGGUAGAAACACAACCCAGAAGAUUAGUUAGAUAAGAAGGGUGAAGGGUUUAAAAGCUCACAAAUGUUUUCGGCGGUGCAGCCUAACUGUCUGUAAGUGUGUCUGCUUAAGAAGUGAUUUUUUUUUUUUUUGUUUUGUUGUUUUAUUUUUUUGUCUUUUUGUUGUCUUUAUUUUAUUUCUAGGUUUCUAUUUAAAUUAUAUUUAGCUCAUUUAUAUAUAUUUUUUUCCCCGUCUGGUGGGUUUCCAAGACAUCUGAAACAGUUGUGAUACCUAGCUUGCUGGCAAGUGUGUAAGUGUGGUAUUACUGUGUUUUAGUUUAUGAAAUAGAAAAAAAAGAAAAAGAAAAACCCAUCAGUGAGUUUCCAUUAUGCAAAGAGCGAGUCGCUCUCACAGCAGAUGGGGGCAGGGGGGAGUCCCCCCCCCCCCCCCUCGUCUGUGGCACUGGAGCCUCCUUUCCUACCCCCCGCCGCACCCCCCGUGCCCUUAGACCCCUCUGCUCGGGUCACAUGACUCACCCGACGAUUGAAUGAGACGCACCUUCAUUUGCAUAUUCUCAUAAAUUUGGAAAUAAAACGAGGCUCCGGUCGGCGCACAGACAAAGCUGUAGGUUUGGUUAUUAGUGGGUCAUCUGUGAGCUCUUGUUUGUUUUGUUUUUCUAAGCAACUGAAAAAUAAACUAACAGGAAAAAAAAAAAAAAAAAGGAUGUGACGGAA